CCGGCGGGUGACGGUGCGGACGGGUCAGGAGCGUAGAGGCGGCGGCAAAAUGGCGGCGCCUGAGGAGCGGGAUCUAACCCAGGAGCAGACAGAGAAGCUGCUGCAGUUUCAGGAUCUUACUGGCAUAGAAUCUAUGGAUCAGUGUCGCCAUACAUUGGAACAGCAUAACUGGAACAUAGAGGCUGCUGUACAGGACAGACUAAAUGAGCAGGAGGGUGUACCGAGUGUUUUCAACCCACCUCCAUCCCGACCCCUACAGGUUAAUACAGCUGACCACAGGAUCUACAGCUAUGUUGUCUCAAGACCACAACCAAGGGGGCUGCUUGGAUGGGGUUAUUACUUGAUAAUGCUUCCAUUCCGGUUUACCUAUUAUACGAUACUUGAUAUAUUUAGGUUUGCUCUUCGUUUUAUACGGCCUGACCCCCGCAGCCGGGUCACUGACCCCGUUGGGGACAUUGUUUCCUUUAUGCAAUCUUUUGAAGAGAAAUAUGGAAGGGCACACCCUGUCUUCUACCAGGGAACCUACAGCCAGGCACUUAACGAUGCCAAGCGGGAGCUUCGCUUUCUUUUGGUUUAUCUUCAUGGAGAUGACCACCAGGACUCUGAUGAGUUCUGUCGCAAUACACUCUGUGCGCCUGAAGUUAUUUCACUAAUAAACACUAGGAUGCUCUUCUGGGCAUGUUCUACAAACAAACCUGAGGGAUACAGGGUCUCACAGGCUUUACGAGAGAACACAUAUCCAUUCCUGGCCAUGAUUAUGCUGAAGGAUCGGAGAAUGACCGUGGUGGGACGCCUAGAAGGCCUCAUUCAACCCGAUGACCUCAUUAACCAAUUGACAUUUAUUAUGGAUGCGAACCACACAUAUCUGGUGUCAGAACGCCUGGAAAGGGAAGAGAGGAACCAGACGCAAGUGCUGAGACAACAACAGGAUGAGGCCUACCUGGCCUCUCUCAGAGCUGACCAGGAGAAAGAAAGGAAGAAGCGAGAGGAAAGGGAGCGGAAGAGGCGAAAGGAAGAGGAGGUGCAACAACAGAAAUUGGCAGAGGAGAGGCGGCGGCAGAACUUACAGGAGGAAAAGGAAAGGAAGAUGGAGUGCCUGCCUCCGGAGCCUUCGCCUGAUGACCCUGAAAGCGUCAAGAUCAUUUUCAAAUUACCCAAUGAUUCUCGAGUAGAAAGACGAUUCCACUUUUCACAGUCACUAACAGUAAUCCACGACUUCUUAUUCUCCUUGAAGGAAAGCCCUGAAAAAUUUCAGAUUGAAGCCAAUUUUCCAAGGCGGGUACUGCCCUGUGUCCCUUCAGAGGAAUGGCCCAACCCCCCAACGCUGCAGGAGGCGGGACUCAGCCACACAGAAGUUCUCUUUGUUCAGGACCUAACAGACGAAUGACACUUUUUCUCCCUCUCCCCUCCCACCCAAUCCCUAAAACAAAUGGAAAAACAGAAACAGAAAAAAAAAGAGAAAUUCAUAUUAUUAUUAUUAUAAUACAAUAUUUUUUUUAAAAGACUGCUGCAUCCUAAGGAAGGAUCAGAAACCAUGCUGCCUGCAAGUCACAACCUGUGUGCACAUGAGGUUAGCGAUGACCGUGCUCAUCAGCAAGCUCACACGUCCCUACAGCCUCUGUACCACGUACCUUCCAGCAAAUGGAGUCUCCUCAUCUUCACCCUGUCCUUUGUCCCAGCCUUUCCUAUUGUGGGAAGGGGACAUUCCCACUAGUUCUCAUUUAUUCUUGCUUUUACGGAAAAUAAAAGUGAACAACCUCCAUCAACCAGCUACAGCAGCAUCUCCUCAGGACUUGCUUCUCCCAUCUCUGGAAAGAGGGGAAGAGAAAGUUCAGAACGGAGAUGUUCCUUGAACUGCCCACAGUUUAUGAAUUACUUUGUUUCUGUUGCUUUGUGAUGACCAAAGGAAUGAGACUGACAUAGGUGUAUUUCUUGUCCUUAACUUUAUUUGAUAAAGAGCCAAUUCUUAAACCCAUGAGUUCAUGCCCUGGGCUCCUUAGCCCACACGAGUAUAAUAAAGGCGCCCUGGGCUGUUUUGUGCUUA